AUGGCUAUGUAUAAUUCUUCUGCUCACGACAAUCAACAUGAUACCGAUAUAACUAUUAUAAAGUCUUUGUUAUCAUCUGAUUUUGAUAAUGCAUCAACAAGUACUGAUAUACCUGUUCCAAAAGAUUCACAACAAGCUCAUGAAUCUUUCAACACAACUUCACUAACAACAUCAAAUGUUGUAUAUGAUCAAAAUAAUCCAACAAAUUCUGAUGGUAGCCGUGAUUAUAUAUGUAUUCAACAUGAUUUACAAGAAACUACUAAACAACUUGAACAAAUUAUAAAUUACUAUCGACAAGAUCUUAAACAGGAAUCUAAUACACAAUUAGAUUGUAAUCGGAACUUAAUAACACGUCUUGUUGAUAUUAUUCGACCAGUAUAUUCUUCAAAUCAAGAAAAGAUGAAAGAUUUAGAUACAUUAGUUGUCGAAAUAGUGGAAUUACAUGAUAAAAGAUUUAUUGAACAAAGAGAAAAAAAUGAAGAACUCUACAAUGAAAUUUCACAUUUAAAAAAAAGGAUGAUAACAUUAGAAAAUGAUAAUAAUAUUAGUAGAGAAAUCUACCAAAUAAUUGAUUCUGAAGAAUGGAUGCAAAUACAAGAGGAAACAAGAAGACUUUACAACUUAGUUGAAAUGCAACUAAAUCAAAUCAAUGAACUUACCAAACUAUUAACCCAAGAAGAUAAAAAUGAAAAAAGUCAUACAACUACGUGUUCAAUACCACCAUUAACUCGAGAAUUACAAAAUAAUAUUAAAAAAAAAUGUUGCAUGUGUAAUCAUGAAUAUCCUACAACAAGUAGUGAAGUUGAAAUACAUAAUCAUAUUGCAAAUUGUUUAUCUACAGUAAACGUUGAUAGUCUUAAUGUUUCUGUCGAACGAGUAGAAUUGAAUUGUCCAUUUUGUGAUAAAAAAUUAUUAAACAAUGGCGAUACAACUGAUCUUGAACAUUUGACAAUAUGUUGUAGUCAAUUGUAUGUUUAA